AACCCCCCUUUUCACACUAACCUCUACUCUCCCCCGUCUCAGUUCCCGAUCUGCAGCGGCGGAGGAGAGAGAGACACCGCCGCCGCCGCCGCCGCCCUCCGGCGAACUCGGCCGGGAGGCGCACGGCGUGGGACGGACACCAGCACCACCCUCCCUCUCUUCCUCUCCUUCCUCACCCCCCAACCCCCGACCCCCGACCCCCGACCCCCGUCUCGGUUCAUCCGCGCGGCCUCCAUUCCAUCUCGGCGGCUCGAAUCCAACCGAAGGUUGCAAGAUUUUCGGGCAUUAGCUGUGCACCCAUUUCUCAAUUCAGAAGACCUCAAUCUCUGGAGGGCAGCAGAAAACUAAGGUCUUGCUGCUUUAUUCAAACCCGACUGAUAGCCAUGGCUACAACUCUCUCCAAUGGUGUUUCACAGAAUGGCCCUCAGAGGAACUAUCAGGUAGUUGUUGCUGCUACUCGCGACAUGGGCAUUGGAAAGGAUGGGGUCUUGCCAUGGAAGCUCCUUGGCGACCUUAAAUUUUUCAAGGAGCUUACAGUGACUACAGCUGAUCCUGUGAAGAAAAAUGCUGUUAUAAUGGGGAGGAAAACAUGGGAGAGUUUACCCCUUAAGGCUAGGCCAUUGCCUGGCCGUUUGAACAUCAUAUUGACUAGGUCUGGUAGUUUUGAGUUUGCAACAGUCGAAAAUGUUGUUAUCUGUGGAAGCAUGAACUCUGCAUUGGAACUACUAUCAUCAACUCCAUACUGUUUAUCCAUUGAGAAAGUUUUUGUUAUAGGGGGUGGACAAGUACUAAGGGAAUCUCUUAAUGGACCUUCAUGUGAGGCAGUCCAUUUAACUGACAUUCAGUCAAGCAUUGAGUGUGACACCUUUAUUCCUCCGAUUGACUUAUCGGUGUUCCAACCAUGGUAUUCAUCUUUGCCUGUGGUAGAGAGCAACAUUAGGCAUUCGUUUGUGACCUAUGUUCGGGUUAGAAAAACAAUGGCAGAAACACAUGACUCAAAUGGCAAGGAAUCAGCUAAUGAUGGUAUCAAGAGUGACAAAUUUGAAACCGAGAAUUUCUCUUUUCUCCCUAAGUUGAUAUUUGACCGCCAUGAGGAGUAUCACUAUCUCAAUCUUGUUGAAGAUAUUAUAAGGAGUGGUGCUCAGAAAAAUGACAGAACAGGAACAGGGACAUUAUCGAAAUUUGGUUGUCAGAUGCGGUUCAACUUAAGGAAUAGCUUCCCAUUGUUGACAACAAAGAAGGUAUUUUGGAGGGGUGUUGUUGAAGAACUCCUGUGGUUCAUCAGUGGCUCGACAAGUGCAAAGGUUUUACAAGAGAAAGGCAUUCAUAUUUGGGAUGGCAAUGCUUCGAGAGAGUAUCUUGACAGUGUUGGCUUAGCACAUAGGGAAGAAGGUGAUCUAGGUCCAGUUUAUGGAUUUCAAUGGCGACACUUUGGUGCUGAAUAUACCGACAUGCAUGCUGACUAUACUGGUAAAGGCUUUGAUCAGCUAAUGGAUGUGAUUGACAAGAUCAAGAAUAAUCCUGACGAUAGGCGAAUUAUCCUAUCUGCGUGGAAUCCUUCAGAUCUCAAGAAGAUGGCCCUUCCUCCUUGCCACAUGUUUGCACAAUUUUAUGUUGAGAGCGGGGAGCUAUCGUGCCAGAUGUAUCAACGCUCUGCUGAUAUGGGACUUGGUGUUCCAUUCAACAUUGCAUCAUAUUCUCUUCUGACAUACAUGAUUGCUCAUGUUUGCGGUCUUUCUCCUGGAGAGUUUGUCCAUGUUAUUGGUGAUGCCCAUGUCUAUAGAACACAUGUGCGAGCUCUGGAGGAGCAAAUCCAGAAGCUACCUAAACCAUUUCCAGUUUUGAAGAUUAACCCUUUGAAGAAGGAUAUAGAUUCUUUCGUGGCAUCAGACUUCAAGCUGGUCGGUUAUGAUCCUCACCAGAAGAUUGAAAUGAAAAUGGCAAUAUAAUUUGGUGGCUAAGCUGGGACCCCCAGUCACUAUGUGAGCUUGGAGAAACUUAAGCAGGAAAACCUUAUGCGAACAUCGCACUAGCUUACUUUUUUUUUUUUAGUGGUGGUGCUGGAUGUUCAUUUGGACCUAUGUUCUCCAUUUAUCCGCGAUUGUACUUUUAUCUCGGUCGCCGAUCUAAACCCUACGAAAACACCGGUCACUGGCUCCCCCUUUUAUUUGGACCCAGUGAAUGAUGUUAGAGCUUGUUUCGAGUUGACACCAUGUUGGAAGAGGCCAACCGGGCGUUAUGUGUAGCUCGGCGAUGGAUGUCAUGUACCCUGACUGCGACACACAUUUUGGUCAUUUUGGUGAAGCUUCGGAGUGCCUCUGGUGUUGCUGGACGACACCUACUAAUUGUCUCCAUCUGAGAUUUUUCUUUCCACAUGUUUGGAACACCAGAUGAUGGGUGAUGAUGCUGACCUGUGGAUUUGGAGUUGUUCAGCAUAUGUUGGCACUUUUUCUGAUGUUUGUGAAAUGAGUUGUGUUGCGUGCUUGGAAAUUGCGCUUGGUGGCGGCGCUUGCAGCAA